AUGAGCGACGAUAGCGACUAUGAGAUCGAGGGUCCCGAGCUAGCAGAGGAUGACCCCAUGAGGGCAUUCUUACCAACCUCGUUUGGCAAGAAAUCGAAAGAAGCUGAUAUCGCUGCCCAAAUUGACCGAAGCCGUCGGGUAGCUGAGACAAAGCCUCCCAGCCAGAACCAACAGCCCAAAAACCGGGAGGAAACCGAUUCAGACAGCGAUUCCGACGAUAGCAGCGACGAUGACGACGAGGAUGAAUUUCCUGUCUCCCAUGAGCUGGUAUUGAAGACACACGAGCGAGCCAUAACCUCGGUUUCCUUGGAUCCAGCUGGAGGAAGGCUGGUGACGGGAUCCUUAGAUGGAAACGUCAACCUCCACGACUUUGCUUCAAUGACGCCUACUACCUUGCGAGCAUUCCGAUCGAUCGACCCUUUCGUGACAAAAGCAUCGGCGCCUACCGAAUCACAUGCUGUGCAGCAUGUUCAAUUCAGCCCUCUUUCUGGGAGCGUCUUUCUCUGCAUUUCCGCCCACCCACAGGCUCGAAUCAUGUCCAGAGACGGCGACAUUGUCACCGAGUUUGUCAAAGGUGAUAUGUAUCUCCGAGAUAUGCAUAACACCAAGGGCCACAUUUCAGAAGUUACGAUGGGGGCUUGGCAUCCGAGCGAUAGGAAUCUCUGCGUUACUGCUGGCACAGACAGCACUUUGCGGAUUUGGGAUAUCAACAAUAAACGUUCUCACAAGGAUAUCAUUGUUUUCAAGUCCAAGGCGGCAGGCUCGGCUGGCCGGACCAAGAUGACCACGGUGACUUGGGGAAGUUCGCCCCAGUCAGGCAACAUUCUUGUUGCUGCUGCUCUGGACGGCUCGCUGGUCAUGUACAGCGGGAAUGGACCGUUCACGCGACCAGCUGGUGAGAUACGGGACGCCCACAAGCCCCUGUCAUGGACCGGCGGAGUCGAUAUUUCAGCAGAUGGGCGUAUGGUCGUUACAAGAGGUGGAGAUGACACGAUCAAGUUAUGGGACACGCGCAAGUUUACAAAAGCUCUCGUCACAGUUUCCCACCCUUCCACAUCAGAUCAUUACCCGACCACCAAUAUCAGAUAUGCGCCAAACAGUACCAAUAUCCUCACGGGAUCUGCGACUGGCCAUUUGCAUAUCUUGAACCCUGGAAAUCUGCAGCCAGAACAUGUGACCCCGAUAACCCCGGGCGCGCCCCUUAUUACUGUCGAUUGGCACCCCAAGAUUAACCAAAUAAUCACAGGUUCUGCUAACGGAGAAUGCCAUGUACUUUAUAAUCCAGAGAAGUCAACCCGCGGCGCGGUUGAGGUCAUGUCGCGCGCACCGAAGAAGCGCCAUAUCGAUGACAAUCCAGAAUUCACAAUGGACCAGUCGGUCGGACUGUCCAGUGAAGUCCUUGCACCUGGCGCUCUGCGUGGCUCCCAAAACAAGGGAACGACAGCUUCAGGCAGGUCUAAGGAUCCACGUCGACCACACCAACCAAGCAAAACCCCAUUCCACAAGUCACAACCGAAUGAGAAGCACGUUGCAGAGAAUAUCCCGCUGGCACGCAUGUUACACGAGGACCCCCGCGAGGCGCUGCUGAAAUAUGCCGACAAAGCGAAGAGCGAUCCGGUAUUUACCAAGGCCUGGAGUAAAACGCAGCCUCAGACUCAGUAUGCAGAGUUGAGCGACGAGGAAGAAGAGGGCCCUGACAAAAAGAAGACUAAGAGGUGA